GGUGCAUUCUUUCACAUGUAUACAUUUGUAAAAUGUGUUUUGCUUCAAUCAAAAUUCAUACCAUUCACAAAAGAAGAAAGCUGUUUAGUUUCUGUUUGAAAGUGUUUUCAUGUAUUAAUUACACGGGCAUCUGGCUGCCAUUUAGUAAAAGAUCUGUACUGUAAUGGAAACAAAAUCCAUGUGCACUGUACAUAUCUUAAACUAUGAUAAGGAAGUUGCUUGGUAAUAAAUGAUGCAGAAAGGGGACUUUGGCAGCAGUGACUUUCUGUGUACCAAGUGUUCUGGUAGAGAAAACAGUAAUGUGAGUGAGGGUGCAUUUUUGCCUGUUUCACUCAUCACUAGCCCUCAUCUUUUAGCUUGUGGAUGAUGUUGCCACAAUUUGACUUCAUGCAGCCUCUUUGUGAUGAGUUUGAUUAGAGUUCUUGGGUCACCCAACAACUAUUUUCUUUUCUCAGCCUUUUGCAUCUUGAUAGUCAAAAUUUUAAUAGUGUUUUGAUCACUUCUCUUAGGACUUAUUUUCCAAAGGUGUGUAGAAACAAAAGGCUUCUCUUAUGGUUCCCAUCCCUAAUACAUUCCCUAGGAUGGGCACAUAUGCUUUUGACCAUUUAAAAUUACCUAUAUCGUCAUUAAAUAAUUCAAGUUGAUCAGCUAAAAUAACUGUAAUGAGAUUUUGAGGAAAUGAAACAAAAAAAAAUAUGCAAACACCCUCAUAUUCUCAUUUUGUAUUUUUCAGCAUACAACAUGUAUAUGGGGCUCAGCAUCCUCCUUUUGAUCCUCUGCUGCAUGCAAAUUUAAUUAAAACAGGCAGCAAGCAACAGACAACACCAGUGAAACCAAAGAAAGCAACAACCUUUCAGGAGUUUGAAAGUAUCACUAGUGAUGCAUGGGAUGUUGGAGAUGAUGAUGAUGAUGAGCUUUUGGCAAUGGCUGCACAAAACCUAAAUAUAGAAGUUGUAAUGGAAACAGCAAAUAAAGUAAUUGAGAAUCACAGUAAGUUGCAGGAACAGCAGAAACGUCAAGAGCAGCAUUUUGCUAAAGAGAAAGAAGAUGAACAUUUGGAUGAGGAAGUAGAGGAAAAGGAAGAUGCACCACAGCUUUUACUUCAUGCAUCUCCAAAUCUUUUCAGUGAAGGCAGAAUGGUGAAGUCAUUCAGUGAAGCUCACAUAGGUUCAGCAAAAGAUACAGUAAGUGAGAAAACAGCUCUUCAAAGGCAACAGUCUCUUCCGCACAGGCCUGUAAUUCCUUUAGUGGCUAGAAUUGCAGACCAGAAUACAUCAGGGACUCCAGUAAUAACUGAAAGAGAAGCUUCUCGGUUAGAAAAGUUCACACAGCUGCUGGCAGGACCCAACACUGAUACAGAAGAGUUGCGGAAGCUAAGCUGGUCAGGGAUACCAAGACAAGUUCGAGCAAUAACGUGGAAGAUUCUUUCAGGCUAUCUUCCAGCCAAUGUUGAAAGAAGAGAAAGCACACUGCAGAGAAAGCGGAAAGAAUAUUUUGGGUUUAUUGAGCAGUAUUAUGACUCAAGAAAUGAUGAACAUCAUCAGGACACAUACAGACAGAUUCACAUAGAUAUUCCUCGUAUGAAUCCUGAGAGUUUAAUACUACAGCCAAAAGUAACAGAGAUUCACAUUGACAUUCCAAGAACUAAUCCUCUUAUUCCUCUCUUUCAACAAGCUUCUGUGCAAGAGAUCUUUGAACGUAUCCUGUUCAUUUGGGCUAUUCGACAUCCUGCCAGUGGAUAUGUCCAAGGAAUAAAUGAUUUGGUUACACCUUUCUUUGUUGUUUAUGUAUUUGAAUAUAUCGAGGAUGAAGUGGAAAAUUUUGAUGUUUCCAGUCUGCCUGAAGAAGCUCUGCGGAACAUUGAAGCUGACAGUUUCUGGUGCAUGAGCAAGUUGCUUGAUGGCAUUCAGGACAACUAUACCUUUGCUCAGCCUGGAAUUCAAAGGAAAGUCAAAGCUUUGGAAGAACUUGUUAGUCGGAUCGAUGAUCAAGUGCAUAAGCAUUUACAUCACUAUGAAGUAGAAUACCUACAGUUUGCUUUCCGCUGGAUGAAUAAUCUCCUUAUGAGGGAACUUCCUUUAAGAUGCACCAUUAGACUGUGGGACACAUAUCAGGUAAGCAGUUUGUUUGAUUUACUAUUGCAUAGUUUUUCCUGA